AUGAGCAGGCUCAAGACUGAAAACUGGUUAACAGCUGCAGGGCACUGGGUAGUUCCAAAGCAUAAGUUCGUCCUUGUGAAGUUUGAUACACAAUAUCCAUAUGGCGAGAAACAAGAUGAGUUUAAAAAGCUGGCAGAGAGCUCAGGCUCCAGUGAGGAUCUUCUAGUGGCUGAAGUGGGGAUAUCAGAUUAUGGCGAUAAACUGAACACUGAGCUGGGAGAAAAGUACAAGCUGGAUAAGGAGAAAUUCCCUGUUUUUUACUUAUUCCAAGAUGGUGACUUUGACAAUCCUUUACCUUACAGUGGCCAAAUCAAGGCUGGGGCUAUUCAGCGCUGGCUGAAGAGUAGUGGCAUCUAUCUGGGGAUGCCAGGCUGCCUGAAAGAGUAUGACAUGCUGGCCAGCAAGUUUGUGAGCACCACUGAGAAAUCAGAACGCCAGUCCCUCCUGAAAAGGGGGCAAGAGAGUCUAGGAAAAACAAAAGAAAUAGAGAAGAAGUCAGCUGAGCAAUACUUGAAAAUUAUGAGCAAGAUACUGGAGCAGGGAGAAGAGUUUGCUGCUAAUGAAGUCGUCCGAAUCACAAAAUUGAUUGAGAAGAACAAGAUGAGUGAUGGAAAAAAGGAGGAGCUCCAGAAAAGCCUCAAUAUCCUUGCUUCUUUCCUGAAGAAGAAUAGUGAAAAAGAUGAGCUCUAAUAUGUUGGAGAACUUUGUACAAGCUGUGAAAAACACUGUCAAGAGUCCUAACCAGUUCUCCUAAUACAAGCAAACUUCCCAUUGACUUCAAGAGAGCAGCAGAUUUCCUUCUGGUAUUCUCAGUUUCAAAGACCAAGAGGAAGAUACUCCUUAAAAACACAGUAUUCUAAAUGUUCAAAAGUCACCUUAAAGCAAGACGCCAGUAUUGUGUAAUACUAUUCAAUGACAGUGUUAAAGUAGACAA